GGAAGAGAUCAACACAGAUGAAACCAAUGAAAUAUGCUGAAGGAAACUUAGUUACGAUCAGAGAGGAGAAACAAAGGAAACAGUGGACUGACCACUUCAGAAAGCUCUCGAAUCAACCACCACCACCACCUGCAACUCGUCCGGAAAUACCGCUAGCAACGGCAAAACUGUCAGUAAACACAGGCUCUCCGACAAAAGCCGAAGUCCUGAAUGCCAUAUAACUGCUGAAAUCCGGGAAAGCAGCAGGAUUAGAUGGAAUUUCAGAAAACAGAAACUGAAAACAGACGUAGAGACACCAGUGGACGUGCUCACACCACUACUGCAGAAGGUUUGGAAGGAAGGAAGGAAAGGUACCUGCCCACUGGUUGGCAGAAAGGCUACCUUGUCAAACUUCCAAAGAAGAGUGACCUAAGUCUUUGCAAGAACUGGCGAGGAAUCAUGCUCCACCCAGUCCACCCCAAGCAAAAUAUUAUGCAGCAUCAUCCUGGAGAGACUAAACAUUGCUCUGCAUUCAAAAUUACGACCGGAACAGGCUGGUUGGCUGGCUUCAGGACGAACGAAUCAUGUGCGCAUCCAAUUUCAACUUCAUCGACUUUGAAAAGACCUUCGGCAGCGUUGACCGGGAAGUAAUUUGACAGGCAGCUGCUUCAACACGACGGUUUUAGUGCCACAAAUCUUUAUCAACCUCAUUCAACAGCUAUAUGCUAUAUGAUGCUACAUGCCGAGUGAUCCGCAAUGGAAAGACGAGUGACGCCUUU